AUCCUUUCUUUCCUCCUUCCACACAGGUCCGGGGCAACAAGCACAGUCUCAUAAUCCGGAAUGUGACCCGCUCCGAUCUCGGCAACUACACCUGCCAGGCCUCCAACAGCCUCGGCAAGGACCGUGGCACCCUGAACCUGAGCGGUCUGCCGACGGUUUGCUACUUUGAUUCGCCAACGCUGAGCAGCUACCGGGACCAGUACAACAUCUCCUGGACGGUGCAGAGCUACUCGCCCAUCGAGGAGUACCGUCUGUUCUAUCGGUUGCAGUCCGGAUCGAAACACAACCUGCUCCACUCGCCCGUUCACGAUAAACCGCUGGACAACCACAUCUACUCCCACCAGGGCUAUGGGAUGCACAGUGGGGGCAGCGGGUACAAUCCGAGUGGCAGCCACCACGGCAGUGAACAGUGGGAGAACGUAGUCAUUCCGGAGAUGUUGGGCAACUACCAUGGGAUGCGUGGCGGAGGCAGCAUGUACUAUAACAGUCCGUACAGCUAUCAGCCCGGAAUUCGGCACCGGACGAGCUUCCAGCUGAAGAACCUUCAACCGGGAAGCAACUACGAGGCACGGGUUCAGGCGCGGAAUGAACACGGCUGGAACCGGCUGUCGAGCAUAUUCCAUUUCAGCACGCGAUCGGAAGACAUGGAACUGGAACCGUCAGCCCAGCCGGCCGUCCACGGUGCCGGUCUACUGGACAAGGGCCUACUGGGCCUCGGUAGUAGCGACGCGGCAGCGCCUUAUUUUCAUAAAUCAUCCACUGGCGGCGCUUUGCUGCUGGUCCUACUUGCUUCGGUCGUGAUGGCGAUGUCGGCGGCAUUGCAGCAACCUCCAUUAACUGGCGGCAGCGGCUUAUCGGCAUGAUUUGCAUUGUUUCCGUUUUCCAUUCCAAUAAAUCACUAGGCGAUCUACGCACCUAAUUAAGGCUAAGAAUAUAGUGGCAGGCAGAAAACAUACCAGCUGCCGAACAAACUCGAUUUUCCGAAAUAAGAAAUGACCAGCACCACCACCAUUUUACCUAAAUAUUCCAGCUCCUUUAGUUUAUCGUCGAAUUUCCCGGUCAGUCACAUUUAUGAAGCCAACCAUGCACGACACGGCAUCAUAUUCGUUUGAAACAACUACUUAUGAUCGCACAUUCAGUCAUUAUCUACCUUUUAUUCUACUUUUUAACUUGUGGACAAUUUUUACCACUUAAACAUUUCAGAAUCUCUUACAUAACACCGACGAAGCGUUUCUUUUGACGAUUUUGAGGUUACAUUUUCUUGAUUUUAUCAAUCAAGUAGCCAUAUAUUUUGUACCAAAGAAAUGAGAGAAAAUGCGAAGGAAAAGUAUGAAAAAAUAUGAGACUUUAAGGACAAGGUAUUUGGAGUACAUUGCUCAAAAUUUCUAGAGCACCGUUUUUUAGAACCGUUGAACGGAUUUGGAUUAAAAUGCAUCACGCUGUUGACAACCACUGAACAAUUAGCGUGAUGCAUUUUCAUCUAAAUUCGUUCAACGGUUCUAAAAAACGGUACUCCAGAAAUUUUGAGCUAUGUACUCCAAAUACCUGGUCCUUAAUGGAAAAGAAAAAUGCUAGCUUUGGACAAGAAACCCAUAUUUAUUGCGUAGAAGAAAGAUAGGAGGAAACAAUUAUUUUUAAAAUUGUAAAAGCACUCAUGCAUAGAAUGUAAACAUUCAAUAGUGACAAAAAUGGAAGUGUAAACCGAAACCGAUGUAAAAAUUGUUUCACGAUCAGUCUAAUACUGGGCGUUAUUCUUAUUUUCUUAAAAAAAGAAGAUCACAACUAUUGCAAGGUUUUUUAGAUUUAAGUUCAACUAAUUUAAGUAUGCACAACUCAUAAGUCCUCAAAAAUAGAGUUCCACGCGAGCAUUAUUAUAUCAUUCCAAACAGAGAGCAAAGAAAUUGCUAUGAUUUAUUCAAAGCGAUUCAUUGAAUGUUAUCACAUAACAAUCACUGAAAACCACAUGAAAAUAUAAGAUAAGUAAAGAAAUUUUAUAGCUGGGUAAGAUCAACAAAGAAAUCAUCAAAAUAAGCGAAACUUAAACAUAGGCCUUUCUAAUCACACAAGAAACAUCAAACAAAGCAUGCCAUGACAGAAAAACGGCAACACGCACCAAAUGUCAGAUUUGUCCGCUUGAUGAUAUAAAAAAAAAACAAAAUCUAUGUGUGUUUGUGCCCAGCAAGUUUUAAACUCAAAAACAAAAUCAACUAUUUUACCGCCGAUUAGUCACAAAUUGAUAUUUUCUGUACAUAGCAAAUGUCACCUGACCAUAUGAGAACAAUUACGGUUAGGGCAACUAUAAACGAUCAGAUUAUCACCGAACCGUUAAAAAAAAGAACGUCGAGUGCAUUGCCAAAACCUCACUAUCAAGUUGUACUUAAGGCUCAAGCAUUCGUCAUCAUUUUUCGCAAAAUAAAAAGCAGUUUUCUCGUUGCAAAUCAAAACAAGGAUCAUGAAAAUAUAUUCACUGCAUUAUAUUCCUCAUGUGGAGUACAGUGAAUAUAUUUUCAUAGUAAACACUUUUGUUUUGAACGAAAAAACUGCUCUCAAAUGUUUGAUGAUGACGAUGAUUUCAAUGACGAAAAGUUCAACGUUAACUCAAAUAAUCAAUCCACCAGUGAAUCAACGCCACGCUUGACAGAUGUAGAGAACCAACAUACGCAAAUCUGAUUGAUUUCCAUUGGUUUGUUUUGUGGGACCAUAUAAAAAAGAAAACAUAAUAAACUGAUGUGAGUACAGAAUAGCAGGCAAGCACCAAAGAAAGAAACAAUGGCGGUUGCCGCCAUUUUCAGUCUCCCCGAUUUUCCCUCCGUUGAUACCCUGCCAUAUGCGAUGUUUGCUGUCGGUGAAAUGAUGCAUGGCGAACAAAUUGAUAAUUGAUGAAUAAUUACCACUUGUUCAUCAAUGCACAAACAUGCAAACACAACAUCAAGACGAGGCGUCGCCGCCAGAUCGGGAUCCCAUGCAUAAACCAACCUAUUAUCGUCAUCAGGCAGCAAGCCAUGCCACCACAACAAUUAAAUCUGAUUUUCCACUGUGCGCCGGUAGAUGUCCGUCACCUUUCUUCCGUGCACCGCCUACUAUGUAAACAUUUUGCCUGUCAGUUUCCACUCCAUAUCAGCUCCAUCUGGAGUGCAGUAAAAACCGAAAAUUCUCUUCACAGUCGAAAAAAAUAAAAGAACAACAUAAUGAAGUAAUAAAACAGCGGGAAGAGUAUAAAAUUUUAAAACAAAACCCAUUAUCGAAAACAUGCGAGAAAUGAUCCGAAAUCCGGAUUCAAUGCUGGCAAUGCUGGCGAGUGCGUACGUACUUGCCAAUAAGCAUUCUUCCCUGCUGUAUGACAACAAAAAACGAACAAAUUGAUUUUAUUGCGAAUGUUCGAUGCUGCCUCCCUGUGCCCUGGAAACAAGGGAUUUUCCUCUCCCAACUUUUCUGCAUAUUACUUUCAUUCCCGAAAUCCUGCACCGAAACGGCAAUAAUCCAUGCUUUAAACCGAAAAUAAAAUAAAACGAAAAAAAUGAGGACAACCAACGGAAACGAAAAUCCGAAUGCAACUCUCAAUUAAUUGUCAGAUUGAGAUUUUUCCCGUUUAUUUACUCAGCCAGCAAAUAUAUUUUAGCCGAUGACAUUCAGGUGAACGCGAUAGCGAGCGAGAAAAAGAGCGCACUUCAGUAAACAAAAGGCAACAAUGCAUGAACGUGUACAUACAAACAUACAUACGGAAAACAAUUACUCUGUCAUAUUUUUUUCGUCCUUGCCGAACAAACGAACACACGAAUGCACGAACGGGGAGUACCUAAAUAGCUGAAAUACAAACAAAUGAGAUGAAAUUAAAGCAACGGAAACCAAGAAAUUACCAUUUAUGGCUUUAGGAGAAAAUUUAAGACAAAAACCAGAGAUGAAUAUGUAGUAGCGAUCGAGUAGAGAUAGUGUGAUGCGGUUAGAUCAAACAAACAGCAUCACGGAAAAGAUCAGAACAAGAAGAAAGUAUGGCGGAUAGUUUAAGAAACAGAUCAAAGCUAUCUACAAGUAAGUAAGCCUAUUAGUAAGUCAUAUAAGGAUGAAGGAACACAGAAAGUAUUGUAAAAUAUAUAUUAAAGAGGUGAUUAAUAAAAAAAACUGGGAAAUGUGAAAUAAACAGUGA